AUGCACCUGCCAAUUUACCGCCGAGUAACGUCCAACCUCGACAAGAGAACUGGUCAGAGUGUAGCCAUUGGUCUCGGAGACGAUAUGGACAUCACCUACAACGUCCUCAUCUCUGUGGGGAGCACACAAACGGCUCUAGUUCUUGACACUGGGUCAUCAGACCUUUGGUUGGUUUCUGAUGCCUGCACAGGCCAAUGCAAUGACGCCGGCGUACCGCUCUAUUCCCAAGAGACACUGCAUCCCACUGGACUCGACGUUCGUUUGCUAUAUGGCGACUCACGGACUGGAACGCAUGCAACUGGGCCUGUUGGCUCUGAUACAGUUAGCAUCGCGAGCCUCUCGAUAGUCAACCAAAGCUUGGCUGCGAUCAACGAUACAAAUACAACUGUGUUUGAGACAGGCUCCGCAGGAAUAUUAGGUCUUGGAUUUCCCCCUAUAAGCAUGAUCUGGCGUGAGCUCCUACAGGCCCAGCUCGCGCCUGCCAGUUCUCAGCUCACAAAGCGGUCGUCCAACACAUCCAACCCUAUCCUCACAUCUUCUAUUGGCGCUCCGCCUUUCCCCUCGUUUGAUUUCCUGAAACCUGGCUCAUCUUCGCGAAGGAAGCGCCAGUCUGAUGCAGCUGCCGUUCAGUUCUCGAGCGCCGCGAUUGCCUCCUUCGCCACAUAUGGACCGCUGCUUCCGCGGCUCAUAGUGCAGAAUAUGUUGUCGAGCCCUCUCAUUGCAAUAACACUUCAGCGUGAUACAUUUGACAUAGGUGGCAACGUGGGACUUCUCUCGGUUGGCGCCUUGCCAGUAGGAAUCCAGGAUGAUCAUCUCACAUGGGUACCCGUGCGAGCGUAUACAGCCGCCCAAGGGGGCCUACCGCCGCCUUCCGAUGCUCCGGACGAGGUGUACCCGUUGACUUGGGAGAUUCCGGUGGAUGCGGUUUACUUUAACGAUGCCAAAUUACCCCGUUCUAUGCUAUCUCCCUCUUCCAUCUCUUUGUCUGCCCUCCUCGAUACCGGAAACUCCUUAAUUCGUGGCCCGAAGGACGUCGUCAAGCACAUGAUGUCGCAAUUUGACGAACCAGAUUAUUCGUUCGACUGCAGCGUCGCGCACAAUCUCUCUUUCGUAAUAGGCGGCGUCACCUUCUCAGUCGAUCCCCGCGACUUUGCUGUACCAAUGUCUGCAAAUUCUACAGGUAACCCUCGCUGCACUCCAGCCGUGGUAGCGACCGAUCCGCCGGGGAACGGUGGGUUCCUGUACAGCUGGAGUCUCGGUGAUCCAUUCUUGAAAUCGGCUCUGGUGGCCUAUUACUACGGCAACUUGACGCACCCUUCCCAAGAUCCACCCCGAGUCGGCCUUCUCUCCACAGUACCCGGAGAUGCAAGCAUGGAGCUACAACGUGUGGUACAGGCCGCCGGUAUUUCUGGUGGCCAACUCCCUGCCACUUGGGACGUUGCACCUUCAGGAACAUUUGCCGCCACUGCUACGGACGCCAACGGUGUUCCGCAGGCGACG